AUGAUCAACUUUCAAUUAUCAUUGGCACUAGUUAUGAUAUCGAUCUAUCGUUUUUCAUUUAUUGUAUAUCAUACUCAAGUAUUCUUUAGAACAAAAAAAUGGUUUAUAAUUUGUCUGUCCAGUCAAUGGUUGAUCGGCUUUCUUUUACCAUUAGUUUCACUUUUUGCUCAAAGCAAUUCAAAAUGUAUACAUUCACAAUGGAUUUCCAUCUACAUCAUGGUUUUCAUAAUUGUGAUCUGCCCACUGAUAUCUUUGACUGCCAACCUACGUCUUUUCCUCUUUGGCCAUUCUGCAUCGCGUCGAUUACAUUCUCACAAUAGUAGAAACCGUAUCGCACCAAUUUCAGCUAUUAUUUCGAAUCGAACUGAUCUAAGACACAGUUUAACACCUCGGAUCAGUCGUCGAGAUACUCACAUACUGAAACAUACGAUUUACAUGUUUCUAAUGCUUGUUUUCGGCUGGGGACCCAUUUAUAUAUUAUUCAUUGUUAUACAUAGUACGACUGUUUCGACAAUUCUACUUGGGUUCUUUUGUGUCUGGGCGCAAAUUAGUCUCGUCUGUCUAGUGAUAAAUAUGUUUAUAUUCAACACUCAGUUACGAAAAUAUUUAAUGAAAAAGAUCUUUCAUUCUUAG